AUGAGUCCCCCAACAGACCGGAAACAGAUCCUUGAAGCGUUUAGGAAGCAGAUCAAAAAUGGCACAGCGAUUGUUGGCGCCGGCGCCGGCAUUGGACUUUCUGCAAAGUUCAUUGAGGAAGGAGGCGGAGACGUGAUUGUUAUCUACAACAGUGGGCGCUUCCGAAUGGCAGGCAGAGGAUCCCUCGCCGGCCUGAUGCCGUACAGUAAUGCAAACGAUGUAGUCGUGGACAUGGCCAAGGAGGUGAUACCAGUGGUCAAGCAUACGCCAGUCAUAGCAGGCGUCUGCGGCACAGAUCCAUUUCGAGACAUUCCUCGCUUUCUCAAGCAGCUCAAGGACCUAGGUUUUGCAGGUGUGCAGAACUUUCCGACUGUUGGCUUAAUCGAUGGCACAUUUCGAGCAAAUCUGGAGGAGACCGGUAUGGGAUACCAGCUCGAAGUCGACACCAUCAAAGCGGCGCACGAACUCGACAUGCUCACUUUGCCCUACGUGUUCAACGAAGACGAGGCAACAAAGAUGGCACAAGCAGGUGCAGACGUCAUUGUCGCCCACAUGGGAUUGACUUCUUCAGGGAGCAUUGGCGCACGGAGUGGAAAAGGUGUGGAUGAGUGCGUGCAGUUGAUCCAGAGCAUUCGAGAUGCUGCAACGAAGGUCAGCAAAGAUAUCAUCGUUCUCUGCCAUGGCGGACCGAUUGCAGCGCCGAAGGAUGCAAAGUACGUGUUGGAGAGGGUGAAGGGCUUGCACGGAUUUUUUGGAGCGAGCAGUAUGGAGAGAUUACCGGUCGAGGAAGCCAUCACGGGCAUCACGAAGGAGUUCAAGAGGGUGGCAAUACAGCAGUAG